AUGCGUUCAGUUAAUUUUCAAACCAAUUUUUGUAUUUCAAGUUCAUGUAAUUUAGCAAGUGAAGUUAUUUGUCGUCAUUGUUCACAACAAUAUUGUCAAUUAUGUUUUAUGUGUCAUCGAAAAAAUAUUCUUGAUGAUAUGCAUUCAAUAUCAGAACAAAUGUCAACAAAUCGUAAUCAAGGUGUUGCUGAAGUUAUAUUAUUUAUUGAUAAACAAGCUAAAGAUGCACAUGAUCAAGCGAAAAAACUUGUUGAUGAUGCUAUUGAUCGUAUUGUUAAAGCAAGUAAAAAUAUCUAUACAUAUAUUGAAAAUCGUCGAC